GGAGGCCGCGUUGAGGCCACCAUGUGAGGGGCCACGCCCGGGCGCCUCCGGUCCAUGCAACUGGGCCCCGGCUCCGCUCAGGCCAAGCAUGAGGCCACGGCCCGCAGCUCGGGGGCUCCGGGCUGGGGUCGCGCUGUCACCCGCGCUGCUGCUACUGCUGCUUCUGCCGCCGCCGCCUCCGCUGCUGGGACGCCUGUGGGCGGCGGGGACCCCCGCGCCCUCCCUGUCCGGGACGCAGCAGGACAGCGCGCUGGGCCCGGGGCGCGUGAAGCGCGGCUGGGUCUGGAACCAGUUCUUUGUGGUGGAGGAGUACACGGGCACGGAGCCGCUGUACGUGGGCAAGAUCCAUUCGGACUCCGACGAGGGAGACGGGGCCAUCAAGUAUACCAUCUCAGGAGAGGGCGCUGGUACCAUCUUCCUCAUCGACGAGCUAACUGGCGACAUCCACGCGAUGGAGCGGCUGGAUCGGGAGCAGAAAACCUUCUACACGCUGCGGGCACAGGCUAGGGACCGUGCCACCGACCGCCUGCUAGAGCCGGAGUCAGAGUUCAUCAUCAAGGUGCAGGACAUCAACGACAGCGAACCCCGCUUCCUGCACGGCCCCUACAUCGGCAGCGUGGCUGAACUGUCCCCCACAGGCACAUCGGUGAUGCAGGUGAUGGCCUCAGAUGCAGAUGACCCCACGUAUGGCAGCAGUGCUCGACUCGUGUACAGCGUGCUGGAUGGCGAGCACCACUUCACUGUGGACCCCAAAACUGGUGUGAUCCGGACAGCUGUACCCGACCUUGACCGUGAGAGCCAGGAGCGCUAUGAGGUGGUGAUCCAGGCCACAGACAUGGCCGGUCAGCUGGGUGGCCUCUCUGGCUCCACAACUGUCACCAUCGUGGUCACCGAUGUCAACGACAACCCACCCCGUUUCCCGCAGAUCGUGUCCCCCACAGAGUUAUACCAGUUCAGCAUCCAGGAGUCUGCCCCCAUUGGCACAGCAGUAGGACGUGUGAAGGCGGAGGAUUCGGACGUGGGAGAGAACACGGACAUGACUUACCAUCUCAAGGAGGAGAGCGGCAGCGGAGGGCACAUGUUCAAGGUCACCACAGACAGCAACACGCAAGAGGCCAUCCUCAUAGUACAGAAGCGCCUGGACUUCGAGUCCCAGCCCGUGCACACCGUGGUCCUCGAGGCACUCAACAAGUUCGUGGAGCCCCGCUUCGCCGACCUGGGCACCUUCCGCGACCAGGCGAUCGUGCGCGUGGCCGUGACUGACGUGGAUGAGCCCCCCGAGUUCCGGCCGCCCUCUGGCCUCCUGGAGGUGCAGGAGGACGCGCAGGUGGGCUCCCUGGUCGGCGUGGUGACGGCGCGGGACCCCGACGCCGCCAACCGGCCUGUCCGGUACGCCAUUGACCGUGACUCCGAUGUGGACCAGGUCUUUGAUAUCGACGCAGACACGGGCGCCAUCGUGACGGGCAAGGGGCUGGACCGUGAGACGGCUGGCUGGCACAACAUCACGGUGCUGGCCAUGGAGGCAGACAACCACGCCCAGCUGUCCCGAGCAUCCCUCCGGAUUCGAAUCCUGGAUGUGAAUGACAAUCCCCCUGAGCUGGCCACCCCCUACGAGGCAGCUGUAUGUGAGGACGCCAAGCCAGGCCAGCUCAUCCAGACCAUCAGUGUGGUGGACAGAGAUGAGCCCCAGGGGGGUCACCGCUUCUAUUUUCACCUAGUGCCAGAAGCUCCCAGCAAUCCUCAUUUCUCUCUCCUUGACAUCCAAGACAACACGGCAGCAGUGCACACGCAGCACCUGGGCUUCAAUCGGCAGGAGCAAGAUGUGUUUCUGCUGCCCAUCCUGGUGGUGGACCGAGGACCACCAUCACUGAGCAGCACAGGCACCCUCACCAUCCGUGUGUGUGGCUGUGAUAGUGCUGGUGCCAUCCUGUCCUGCAAUACCACUGCCUUCGUCAUGGCCGCAUCCCUCAGUCCUGGGGCACUCAUCGCCCUACUGGUCUGCAUCCUCAUCCUGGUCGUGUUGGUGCUUCUGAUCCUCACCCUCAGGCGCCACCACAAGAGCCACCUGAGCUCGGACGAGGACGAGGACAUGCGGGACAACGUCAUCAAAUACAACGACGAGGGCGGCGGCGAGCAGGACACCGAGGCCUACGACAUGUCGGCGCUGCGGAGCCUCUACGACUUCGGCGAGCUCAAGGGUGGCGACGCGGGCGGUGGUGGAGGUGGCGGCGGUGGCGGUGGCGGGGACCCUGGUAGCCCCGCGCCCACCGCCCAGCUGCCCUCGGAGCUCCACUCGCUGCCGCAGGGGCCACCCAGCCCCGAGCCGGACUUCUCGGUGUUCAGGGAGUUCAUCAGUCGCAAGGUGGCACUGGCCGACGGGGACGCGUCGGUGCCACCCUACGACGCCUUCCAGACCUACGCCUUCGAGGGCACGGGCUCGCCCGCCGCCUCGCUCAGCUCCCUGCAGAGCGGCUCGUCGUCGGCGGGCUCCGAGCAGGACUUCGCCUAUCUCAGCAGCUGGGGGCCCCGAUUCCGGCCACUGGCCGCUCUCUAUGCCGGCCACCGGGCCGACGACGCCACCGCCACCAUGCAGGCCUCCUAGCCCCGCACCCCUCCGAGCAACACCGGGCUUCCCCACCACGCUCGCCAGCACCCCAGGACCGAGGACAAAGCAUCUUCCCUGCUUCCCCGUCCUGCCCCCACUCUCCUCUCCCCUCCCAGGGUGGCCGGAUGGAGAGGGGGGAGAACUUGUUAGGGGCGCGCUGCCCCCCAUGCCUCUUGACCCCACUGGGAAGGGGAGAGGCCUCUGCAGAUUUCGGGGCCCCCAGAGGGGCCGAAGUACCGACCAAUUGUCUCCUGCAAGCUGCAACAGGACCAAGCCUUGGGUGGGGCUGGAAGAACGACUGUUGUCUGAUUGCAAACUGCAAUAGGACCAAACAGGGCAUGGUUCUGGGGUGAGCUGGCCAGCCAGCACCCCACUGCUGCGUGGAGGAGGGUUGGGAGCAUCACUGAUGCAGUCAGAGGAGAGAAGGGCUGUUCAUUUACUAAGCACCUACUGUGUGCUGGGACACUACGCAGACCGUCUGCUGUCCCGGAAAACCGUGAGGUGGGCCCUUGUGGGUAGCCGUGGAGAUGCCCCCAGAGAAGCGGCUGGGACACGCCCAAGGACUCAACAGCUAGGGAUGCCCGGAGCCUCUGGCCAUUCCCAGCUGCUGGGCCUUGGGCAAGUCACCCCCACUUCUCUGGGCCUCAGUUUCCUCAUCUGUCAAAUGAGGUUAAUAACAGAACCUACCUCGAAGCAUUGUGAGGAUUCCAAGGGUUCACGCGGGUGGAGAGUACAGUGCCUGGCACAUAGUAGGUGUUCAAUAAAUGCUGGCCUUUGA